AUGUUUGUUUUCCCCAAAGAAACCGACACAGCUCAUGUCAUCCUAAGACCUACAAUUACAAGACCAUUGCAGCAAGUCAGCGUCUGUCUACGUACCUUCAGUGAACUUUCACGCUGGUAUCCUCUAUUCUCUUUAGCUACUCCAACAUACAAAGAUGCUUUUCUAAUCAGGUUCCAGGCUCCCACCAACUAUAUGGUAUACAUAGGCCAUGCAAGCAGUGUUUUAAAGAGGGACUCAGAGCCUCCAGACUGGAGCCAUACCUGUGUGACCUGGGCCUUGGAAACUGGGGUGGUCCAUCUUUGGUCCAAUGAGAAGAUCUCCACCAAAAUAUUUAACAUGAGAGGUAUUUCUAUUGCAACAGAAACCAGCGUUGUUCUGGGGCAGGAACAGGGUUCUUAUGGUGGAGGGUUUGAUGCUUCUCGGUCAUUGGUUGGUGAAAUAAGUGACGUCCAUAUGUGGGAUUAUGUCCUGACCCAGCAAGACAUCCAGAAGGUCCUCUCUGGUGAUCUCCAUGGAAAUGUCAUUAAUUGGAAGUCUCUAGUCUAUGAAAUGAAAGGGGACGUUCUUCUGCAGCCUACAAAUUUGUGUAAGUCUGUCAUCUAUACUUUAAUUAUUAAGUUCCACAGGCGUGCGCACAGGGUGUCAGCAGGGAAAUUGGAAAGAUCUCCCUAUUACCAGCUCUGCCAUAAGAGAAGUGAUUGCGCACUUCUCUUUCAGUGUUCCAACAGCGAGAUCAAUGUGCCAUACAUAUGUAUACACACACGUGUGUGUUAG